AUGGAUGAAAAAUCAAUUCCCCACCCUGCUCUCUUCGUAAGCAACAUUAAGACUUUGAUUCCAGUCACUUUGGAGAUGGAAACUUCACAAUAUAGUUCGUGGGCUGAACUCUUUAAGAUUCAUGCUAGGGCCUUCUUAGCCCUCGACCACAUAUUAUCGUCCGAAGCACACCAUGAAGAUGUUGUUGUGGACAAGGCCCUGUGGUCUCGCGUUGACUCCGUGGUUCUCCAAUGGCUAUACGUGACGAUAUCUAAUGAUCUUCUAAAUACGAUCAUAGCACCAGACAUUACGGCUCAACAAGCGUGGGCUCGCUUGAAGGAUAUUUUUCGGGACAACCAAAAUUCACGGGCCGUUCGUCUCGAACACCAUUUCUCCACUAUCACCAUGGAAGACUUCCCUACUGCCAUGGCUUAUUGCCAGAAACUCAAGAUGGUGGCUGAUCAGUUGGCGAAUGUUGGAGCUCCGGUUUCAAACCACCGUCUUCUUCUUCGUCUUAUUGCAGGCCUUCCCCUGUCGUACCCAAGCUUGGUGUCAUAA